AUGACUUAUUUGAGAUCGUGGGAAGAAUUUUCUAAAGCGGCUGAAAGGCUUUACACGGACGACCCUAUGAAAUGUAGGUAUGUUAUAAAGUACAAUCAUGUCAAGGGCAUGGUAGUACUAAAGAUGACAAAUGAUAAAGUGUGCAUACAGUACAGAUCAGAGCAUGCACAGGAUGUGAAGAAAAUUGAAAAGUUCACCAGUCAGCUGAUGAGACACAUGGCCUCCAAAGAACUGAUACACUCGAAAUAA